GACUAGAUAUUUUUUCUAUAGUCCUGGAAUCCUUACUACAUACUCUUAUCUUUUUCUGUUAUACUUGACCACUGCUUAACUCUCUUCUCCUCUACCUCAUCUCUUACUCUUCCAGACUUUGAUCUAUUAUUGUUUUUACUGAAGUGUCUAUCCAGUGAGAUCUUAUACUGUACCUGAGCUGGAGCCGCUUACUACAGUCCUCUUCCCAUACUACCUCUCACCCACAUACACAAAGAUGCGCUGGACUCCCGAAGCCGAUCAGCUGCUUCUGCUGAAGAUCGUCGAGACGCACAACCUGUCCGUGAACUACAAGAAGGUCGCAGAAGCAUGGCCCGUUGCAGUGGGAGAAAUCCCCCCUACGCCUCGAGCCAUCAGCGAAAGACUCAUCAAAAUCCGUAAUAUGGCAGGAGCAAUCGCCAGCACCGGCAAAGGAAACAACCAGGACGACAACACCAACCCGAUCACCCCGAACGCCACCCCACGCAAACCUCGAAAGAGCGCCGCACCCUCCACCCCCAGCUCCACCAAGCGCAAGAGAGGGGGCACUACCGUCAAAGCCGACUCCAUGCCAGCCGAUUCCCCAAUCAAGAGUGAGAUGGGAACCGGGCCCUCUCCCAUCAAGAUCGAGGCUCAGAGUAAUCCCCUCGGUAUCGACACUCAUAUGCCGGAGACGACCCCAACGAGGAAGACCCCUCUCGCUCAUGCAGCGGCGGGGGCGGCGAAUCAGCUGGUAUAUGCCGGCCAUACGCUGUACCAGACGCAUGGAGCCGCGGCUGCUAUCCAGGUCGAGCCGGAUACCCCGUCCAGGAGAGUGCGAAAGCCGGCUGCCCCGGCCCCCGGAAUGGUCAACUGGACGACGCACCACCACUUUGGCAGGGACGGGCAGGAUGUGGAUGUCGACAGCUCGGCCUCGGAGUACUACCCGGAGAAUGAGAUGGUUGCCGCGCCUCGCGGGGCGAUGAUGAAUUUUAUCUAGAUGGUUGUCUUGGGGAUUGGGUGGGUUGCGCUUCGUUUAUUCUCCUUCUCGCGUGGAGCUCAGAUUGUUCACAGUCAUGUGUAUGUACUUUACGGUGGUUUCUAUCCGGUUUUUGGAAUCGCUUCGCACUGGGAAUUGGUACUGUCUUUCCUAGCAAUGAUGCCUGUUUUCACAAGAAUGAGAUACAAG